AUGGAAGGUUCGGAUAAUGAGACUCCUUCUAUUUGGGACAUUUAUUCAGCUGCAAAGAGAUUAUUGGUUCUUCAACCAAGAAUUGAAAAUCGUUCAUUAAGAGAAGGUUGUAAAAAUUUACAAAAUCCUUCUUCAUCAUUUGAAUCUAUGGGAAAUUUUAAUAUAAGUGAUUUAAGUUCUAUUGAUAGUUCAAGUCCUUUAAGUAUUGAUUCAAAUAAAAAUAGUAUUGAUAGUGUAUCAAGUAUUGGAACUACAAUGACUUCAACAACUUUAUUACCUCAAAAGAAUGACAAAAAGAUUAAACCAAUGAAUAAUAAUAAUAAUAAUACAACUAAUAACAAUAAUAAUAAUGAUUUUAAUGGUGAAAUUAAUAUGGCUUGGGAUUUUAAUAUUGAUGAAAUUCCAUCUUUUAAAGAUGAAGAUAAAUCAAUACCAAUGCCAAUGCCAAUAACUAAAAGAACGGAAUCAUUUUCUUCAAUUUCAAAUUCAAAUCCUUCAUCUAUAUCAAAUUCUAUACCAUCAGUAUUAUCAAAGAAAAAACCAAUAUCAUCAAGUGUUGGUAAUAAUUCAACAUCAAAUUCAAAUAUUUCAACUGAAUGUUUUAAUUGUCAUACACAAAAAACUCCACUUUGGAGAAGAGAUUCAAAUGGGAAUACUUUAUGUAAUGCAUGUGGAUUAUUUCAAAAAUUACAUGGUACAAUGAGACCAUUAUCCUUGAAAACUGAUGUUAUAAAAAAGAGAAAUUCAAGAAGAUCAAGUGUUAAUAAUGGUGAACAAUCUUCAAAUUCCAAAAAAAUUUUAAAUAAUUUAGAUAAAUCUAUACAAUUUCAAAGUCAAUCAUUACCAAAUAAUUCUAAAAUUCAAGGUUUUAAAAAUGUUCCAAUUUUACCAAAACCUCAACAACAAUUACAAGCACAACAACAAUCACAACAACAAUCACAAUCACAAGGACAAUUACAACCAAGUUCAUCACCAAGUUCAAUACCAAAUUCAAUACCAUUACAACAACGUAAAAGAAAAAGUAUAGUAUCCAAGAGUAUAUCCUCAUCACCAUUUGAUUAUUUCACAUCAUCAAAUAAUAAUUAUAAUUCACCAUCACCAGGUCCAUCACCUGCAUCACCAUCAUUUUCAUCAGAAUAUGUAUCAUUUUUUUCACCACCUUCAUCUUCAUUACCAAAUAAUUCAAAUUCAAUGCCAAUAACUUCAAAUUCAAUUCCUUUCAAUUCUUCAUCAACAAAUUUAACUCAUAGUUUUAAUUCCAAAAGAAUUCCACAACAAUUUCAACAAAAUUCUUUAAAAAAUUCAAAUUUAUCAAUUGCUAUGAAAUCUCAACAACAACAACAACAACAAAAGGAUAAAAUUAUUAAUGUUGUCCCCACACCACAAGAAAUUCAAUCAGGUUUUAUAAAUCCUCAAUACCUGGACCCAAAUGAUUUAAUAUUGAAUAAUCAACCUUCAAUUAGUCCCCCACAACAAGAAGAUGAAUCAAAUCAUGAUGAUGAUGGAGAUGUUGAUAUGAAGAUGGGUGUUGAUUUAGAUUGGUUAAAAUUUGAUAUAUAG